CGCCGGCGCCCUCGUUCGCGCGGCGAUGCACGCGGCGAGGGAAGUCGUCGGCCCCACGCUCGCGCUGAGACACGCGGGCGGGUCGUGGCGCGACGUCGUCUCGCACCCGGCGUCUUCCUUCUUUUACGGGGCGUUUCGUGCGCCCCUCUCCGUAGCAGAGGCGGCGGGUGGAAAGAGCUUAGUCGGCUUCACGGCGGAGUCGGUUCGAGCGGGUUCGAGCGUCGCGGCGUCUUCGUCGUCCCGGCGCGUCUCGAGCGGGUUCGUCAGGCACCACUACGAGCUCAUGUCCCCGAUCGAACACUCCCGCGUGUCAUCCGCCGACGCGCUGAGGCACGCGGGCGCCAGCUGGAUCGACGUGGUGACGCAUCACGCGUUUCGAUCGUGUUUCACCAACCGAGCCGCGGCGAACGCGUACGCGGCGUACGUCGCGACGUUUGUCCGACACCCGUUUCCCACGGCGCUGGUGACCAGCGUCGGCAAGUGCGUCGUCUCCGACGUGGCGGUGCAGAUGGCGGUGGAGGGCAAACGUUACGACGAGGUGGACCGAAGGAGGGUGUUUUGUUUCUUCGCGCUCGGGCUGACGUACGUCGGCGCGUUUCAGUACGGGUUGUACAACAGGCUGAUGAAACCUAUGGGUGAUCUCCUGACGGCGCGGUUCGGGACGAGCGCGAGCGUGGCGACGAUGGUGGCGCUGGAUCAGUUCGUGGUGUGCCCCGUCAUCUACCUCCCCACGUUCUUCGGCCUGAAGCAGUGGAGCUCCGGCGAGUGCGGCUUCGUCGAAGUGCCGGGCAAGAUUGCGACGAAGAUGGCGAUCAGCGAGUACGACGCCGGGGAGUUUGUCACGAUGAGCGCGAUGUGGGCGUACUGGAUACCCGCGCAGGCGAUCAACUUCUGGAUCGUGCCGCGGCACCUGACGAUCCCGUUCAUGAACCUGCUGGGCUUUGGCUGGAACGCCAUCAUGUCCGCCAUGAACGGGUCCGCCAUCGGCGACAAGAGCAAGGGCGGGGCUUGAAGGCCUCGAAGACGUCACGUUCGUCCGUGCUUUAGUUUUUAGCAGCUCGCGGGCGGCACGGUGCCCGGACCCCGGGCACCCGCCCACCAUUUUUUAAGUCUCAUCAUUCCUUUUC